AUGUUUGUACUUGUUGUCAACGUUGAGUCCAGGUGGGAGUUCCAUGAAUGCACUGUGGAAAUCGAAAAUGUCUAUGUCCCAAUCUCUCCUGGCCGCAACUGCAAGUACCAUGCGAAGGGAGGUGAGAUGCGCCACCAGCGUGUAGGUGUUGUAGUAGUCGAGUCCAUACACCUUGUUCCUCUUGAUCCUGAAGACCCACUUGCAGCCUACAAUGUUGACGUUGUCCGGCUGUUCGACAAUGGUCCAGGCCAAUCGGUCCAUGCACUGGCUUCCUUGACUGUCGUGGGAUCGGUCCCUUCUACUGCCACUACUCCUGCAACCAUCCCAGGUUACUGGACUCCCCCACAGGCUGCAUCCCACGAGUACUAUGGUUUAGAAUUUUCUUCUCGCAACACGGUGAAUGCCACUGCGAUAUGGGCCGCAGACUCAGACAUUGUUAUGCGAGGGUCUUCACCUCGCCAAUACCCUCUGGCGGACCCAUUACCUGACUUCCACCAAACCGAUCCUGGUCCCAAUGAACCAGAUCCUGGUCUCAACGAGCCCGAUCUUGGUCCCAAUGAGUCCAAUCCUGAUCUCAAUCAGCCUGCGCACGAGCUUGAUGAUAUCAAAGUUGAGCAUCAUCCUCACAGCCAAAUUCCUUCUACCAUGCAUCACUUCUCUGAGUUCUCUUGCAGCUGCCCAACAGAAGACUAUGUACCUCGUAACGACUCACCGUGGGAGCCAUUCCGCACACGGCUUGAUUUUGAAGUAGCAGAGAUUGCACUCGAAGCUGCGAUGACAAAGGAUCAAACCAAUCGCCUUCUCAAUCUCAUACAUCGAUCUGCUAGUGGCAAUGACACGUUCACACUGCAAAAUCAUGAUGAAGUCUGCUCCCUCUGGGACCUUGCUUCACAAUGUUAUACUAGAUCGCAGCUUCCGCCCGAUGCAAAACCACUGGCAUUCAUCCUUUAUGCGCACAAGAGUAAACUAUCGUCAUUUGGGAGCCAAAAAGGCUAUCCAAUCAUUGCGCACAUCGAUAACCUACUGGUUCAUAUUUGUAACAGUAAUACUGCCCUAGGAGGUGGUCAUGUCGUUGGCUGGCUGCCCAUUAUUGUUGAGGAUCAAGAACAUGCGAAAAAGAAGAACUAUGUAGACUUUAAAAAUGCUGUCUGGCAUACAUCCUUCUACCAGCUUCUGGCCUUGGUUGCGAAGCACUCAAAUACAGGCUAUUGGUUUGAAUGCGGAGACGGAAUCCGACGUCAUCUCUGGCCCCUCAUUUUAAUCUUAAGUGCUGAUUACGAAGAACAAUGUAUCAUGGCAUUGAUCCGUGGGCUUAAGGGAAAAUUUCCAUGUCCAAAUGUCUUCUCGAGAAUCCUUCAUGUCGAUGUUCAUCGUGCACUUUCUUUCAACCGCCUGCAUACAAACGAGGAAGGAUUAUGGGGUGACCAUUUGUGGAAGGAAGUAAAGUUUUGGAUUUUGGACCUCGGGCAUGAAGCGGCUGUCAAACUUGAUAAAAACUUCGAUGAACUUCCACGAUGGCCUAAUUUAACACAUUUUUCAUCUGUCGUCGCAGUUGAUUUCACUAAUGGUUCUGUUCUCGGUGAUCUGUCCAAGAUGAUCGUUUUUGCGGCACAGGAUAUCCUUACUUCAUCCCACUGUAAACUGGGACAGUUACUUCUUCAUUGCAUUCACUACUACGUUGAGUUUGAUAUUUAUGUCUCAUUAGAAGUACAUACAGAGGAUACAAUCGCAGCUGGAAGGCUGGCACUGCAAAAGUUCUCAGAAAUGAUGGAUGAAUAUAUUGCACAAUCACACCCCGAAACCAACAAAAAUUGGAACUUUCCAAAGAAACACUUGGUCUCGCAUGCAUUCGACGAUAUUCUAGCCAAAGGUAAUGUUGCUUCUCAGAUUCUACACUAUGAUGAAUGGCUUCUAACUUCGACAUCCAUGUGCUCUGAACUCGACGAACUCGACAAGUACAAUCAACAAGACACCUGUGACCCUGAGACCAACGAAGUCCUGGAUGACUCCGACGCUGGAACAUCUAAAUCUACUACUAUUCACGCACAUUUAGGUUCAAGGCAGGGUAAUAACUCUUUUUCCGACAUCAUGCACUUGCAUGGAACUGACAGGGCCUUCACCAACUUUCGGAUGAAGCUAAACAACUUAUUAAAUGGCUUUCUGCCACAGAAUAACAUUCCAUUACCAGAUGGAAGGCACAUUCACAUGCAAGCAGAGCAUACAAUAACAGAGUUUAGGUUCUUGCGGAUCAAUUAUGAAUCACUAGUCGACUGGUGCAUGCACCAAGACCUACUCCGAUGCAAUCCAAAGUUCUAUGGAUCGCCGAGAUAUGACUGCGUCAUCGUGAACACUGCAAACACACCAUUCUUUGCUCGCCUCGUAUACAUGUUCACUUGUUUGGUUGGCAGCACUGAAUUCCCUCUCGCACUUAUUCAGCCAUAUGAUGUCAGUAUUGCUAAUAGUCAUCAGAGGCGGGAUAAUGAUAUGGGAUUGUGGCGCGUGCGAGCCAAACCUUGCUCAUCUUCUGAAAUCAUUUCGGUUUGGUCAAUCGUUCGGGGAGCUGCUCUUGCCAGAAAUCCCAAAACAGAUGGGGAUUACUUCGUCAUCCACACUGUGGACACUGACAUGUUCCUUCGAGUCAAGGCACUCCAGGCUAGCGCUCAACCAUUGUGA